AUGAGCUCUGAACCUAAGGCGCUUCAGAAGAUCCAGCCUGCGUCAUCGCCGUUUAACAAACCUUCCGCGGAUGUCAUACUUCGCACCUCUGACGGGGUCGACUUCCACGCACAUAAAAUUGUUCUCUCGUUGGCGUCCUCAUUCUUCGAAACCAUGUUCUCCAUCCCGCAGCCUGCAAGUAGCGACCCCACAGAGCGCCCCGUCGUCGAGAUGGUGGAAGACAGCAAAACGCUCGACUGCCUGCUGCGGUACUGUUAUCCUGUGCAAGACCCUUUCGCCCCAAGUCUUGAGCUAUUGGACAGUGUCCUCGAAUCAGCAAAGAAGUAUGAUUUCACGGAAACCAUCGAUUUAGUCACUGGAAAGCUAUGCGGCUUUCUUUCCACGAAUGCUCUCUCCCUCUUCGCUAUUGGCUGUCGUCAUCGCAAUGAAGAUUUGGCUAUACGUGCUGCUGCA